AGCACCUCUGUCCUUUAUGUUUUCUUACGUUUUGUUAAAGUAGAGGAAAAGGACAUUUCUCGUGAUCUGACGGAUUUUGUGCGUUAAUAUGAAUGGAAAUCUCGACGUCAUGCUGGUACGAACCGUCUUUAGAUUUUCACAUCAGCUGAAAGCGCAUGGGUCAACAUUCACCGAGGACCUCAGUUCAUUCUUCCCUAAUUUGUCAAGUUGCGCCUCCGUCUGCCUGACUUGUGCAUCUUUUAACACGAAUCUACAUGAUUAUUUUGGAUCAUUCCAGUGAAGCGAUGAUGAACGGGAAAGGAAAGGUCAUCUUCCAGCGGGCCUCCGGAACCACUGUCACAUGACACGAGAUGCCAGAGUUUUGCUAAAACCCCAGGAAGGACCCACAUAACUGAUGAAAUUUGUCCUGAAAAUGCAGAUAACGAACAACAACACGGCAGUCCUACGCCGUCGCGGAAUUACUCGCAACAAAGUCGUAAUGCAUUCGAACAUAAUAACACAGCAAAAACCUUAUAAUCCCAGGUACAUUGGAUCAGUAACUGACAAGGAACAACUUACACUGUGCUGCCUCAAAGAAAUGGGAUACAGGAUGAGGUACAGAGGACGUUAAAAACAGGAUCGUGCACAGGACAAAUUAGCGAUUUCUACGUUUUACAACAUCCUCAUUCAAGCUACCAACUCGUCAGCUUUCAUUCCUUAAAACUGCUGGAGAUGUAACUCGAAGAAACCACUCUGAGUCUAACUGUAUGAAUAAAUUGCAUCUUUCCUUGGAUGGCAGAACUCAAGCAAAACCCCAAAGAAGAUUCCCAGUCUUUUGAAGGAGGCGGUGAAGGCUGAAUAUUAGUGGAUACUGAUACAACCAACCGCCCCUCUCUGAAUCCCAAAGGCUUUAUAUUCCAACAAGCACAAUAUGAGGUUUAGCUACUCAGAAAGUAUGGGGACGGUAGCUGAUGACAUCAGACAACUAUUAAAAGACUGUGAGUUGUUUGUCUUUGAGAUACUUCAGGAUGAGAACCUUGGUGACGCAGCUCAUGAAUCAAGAGAAAUACUCUUACAAAAUUUUUAUGUCAUCCAAAAGAGACAUCCACAAGAAUUUCCCCACAGAUUUGAAUCCAGUCAUGAGGAUAGUUCAGAUGACAACCAAAGCUCCAGUCUGGGACGCUCGGCCCCCUCAGAUGAUAUGUCAAUGGCCUCUGACUACCAGGAGGAAGGCGCCCCAGAGCUUUUUGAAGAGAUCCCUAUGGUGGCUGCACAGGACCUCAGUAACAUUCUAAAGCAAGGUUACCUGGAGAAGAAAAGACGGGAUCAUAGUUUCUUCAGCAUGGAAUGGCAAAAGAGAUGGUGUGUUCUGAAUAACACCAUAUUUUAUUAUUUCGGGACUGAGAAAGACAAGCAGCAGAAGGGCUCAUUUUAUAUCAAUGGCUACAGUGCAGAGCUGGUCCCCAGCUUACGCAAAGACUCCAAGAAGAAUUCAUCCUUCGAGAUGAGUGCUCCUGGAAGACGUUCUUACCAGUUUACGGCCAGCAGUCCCCGUGAGGCUAGGGAAUGGGUGGACCAGAUCAAUUUUGUUCUUAAGGAUCUGAGCUCUGACUUCAUCCCCUUUGAUGAUGAUGAGGCAGUGGAAGAAGAGGAAGAAACAUAUGAUGACAUCGAACAAGCUACCACAACACCACCACCACGUCCUGGGACAGCGCCUACACCUGUUCCAACACUGUGUCUAGGACAACCCCCCCAUAGCACUUGUGAGGAAUGUAAGGAGCAAGCAGGGACUCAAGAAGAAGAAGAAGAGGAUGAAGAGGACAUUUAUGAGGUGCUUCCAGAUGAUGAAAAUUCUGACCAUACUGAAGAGGGAAGUGAAAAAUCUGGUUCUUCAGAUUAUGCUAAUUAUUACCAAGGCUUGUGGGACUGUGAAGCAGAUGGACCAGAUGAGUUGGCCUUCCAAAGAGGAGACAUUAUUUACAUCCUCAGCAAGGAAUAUAACAUCCAUGGAUGGUGGGUCGGGGAGCUGGAUGGUGCUGUUGGCAUAGUCCCAAAGGAAUUUUUACAUCCUGCCUAUAUUCUAUAAGAUCUGCUUUUUCUGAAGAUUUAUAACAUUUCCAGCGUUCAAGUCAUCUUCCAAGGUUUUGGAAUCAAUUUUCCCCCCAGCUGAUCUAAAGUUUGUCAUUCAAGACUUCAAUGGAUAAAUGCCAAUGAGAAGAUUGGAGAACCAAUUUAUCAGUGGUCUGAUACUCAUGCUUUGAGGGGAAAAAAAAAAUCAUUAACCAACAGGGUGUAUAAGAAAACAGGGUGCAUAAGAAAACAGGGUGCAUAAGAAAAAA